AUGUCACGCUACUCUCAGCCUGCUCUCCUGUUCCCCCCUUAUGAACCUCCUACCUAUCUCACCACCAUCCCUUCUGAUCCGCACAUCAUUGCUGGAGACUUCGAUUGCCCACGUCCCCAGAUUGAGCUCCAGAAUCUCUUUGUUGCACUCAUCCCUGAUGAAAAACCCUUUUAUCUCGAGUAUAGCAAGGCGACUCACUACCUACUUUCUCCGGAGCCUGCUCUCUCCAAUGAUGCGUACUUUGACUUGAACAACUGGGCAGUCGUACACCCGGUCAUUGGACCGUUCUUUUUGGGAACAAUCGACAAGAUUUUGGGUGAAGGAAAGGUUCGGAUUGGAGGGUGGAUGAUGUCGAAGACGGUCAGAAAGGAGGAGUAUAGAAUGAUGGUCUUUGAGCCCGUCACAGUGACUAUUGAUGUUACCUACCUCAACAUCCCCUUCCUUGAACACUUUGCCUGUCGUCGCUCACCACGCGUCGGUCACUACUUGAUGGCAAAACUCCAAGUAUAUCGAGCUUGGCAAGCGGAGCAAUCCAAGGCCAAGGCCAACAAUAAGGCGAUGAAAGCCAAGGCCAAAGCUGCCAAGGCUGCGCGUACCAGAGCUCGUAUUUAUGGCGAAGCUUAUGAGCUAGACUUCGCAUGCACUGGAGACCAGGAAGAAGUUGAUGCUGAAGGAUUCAGAGGGAAGGGAAUAUCGCGGGUUUAG